GCGCAAACCGGCCGCGCUUAUAAGCCCUGUGCGGCGCGCGGCGGGCCUGGGAACUGCCGUCGCGGCGCGAGAGGCACCUCCCGGACCGCUGCGUGCGCCACCGCGGCGGGAGAGGCCAGCGGCGCGACAGGGGGCUGCCGCCCAGCAGCUGCCCCACCACGCCACCGCCGCGGCUAAGCAGGUAGGACACGCGGGGCUGCCCGCCAGGAGCUGCCCCUCACACACACUCACUAACGAUGCCGAAGAAGAAGAAGGGCAAGAAGGGCAAGAAGGAGAAGAAGAAGACGCCGCACCAACUGCAGGUCGAGGCCCUGACCCGGGCCUGCGACGAGGCCGAGCGGGUGUAUCGGGACACGCGCGACCUCAAUGCGCGAUUGAGCCGAGAGAACGAAGAGAGGCGCUUGACGUUAGCCGAGAAGCGGGCUCUAGCUGAUGAGCAGGCCGAGCUCUUCGAGUGUUCGGAGCGGCAGGAUGCGAGGGAGAGGAAACAACAAGCGUCUUCACUAAAACACGAGAAAACGCUGCUCCAAGCGCAAGUCGAGCAGUUACGAUUACAGCGAGAACGACGGACGGAAUUGUAUCUCGAGAACGAGACGCUGGAAGGCGACCUGGACCGAGCGCGAGAGGAGGCGAGGAAGGCGCAAGAGGCAGCUGAUAACGAGGCCCUGGACCAGGAGCGCCUCCUCCAGAACGUCGAGACCGACGCCGAAAAUGCUUUCAGGGAGGAGCUGUCACAACGAGUCGACAAGCAUUUUAAAACUGCCUAUCACAACCUGAACGCGGUCGCGAAAGCCAAGUAUCGGCGGACCGAAGUGUUGCGGGAAGAAUUAGCCUUCCAGCACGAGGGGAUUGUAGCUGUAUCGCGGAAGAUCGCCGAGGACUCGCAACGCAAGAGUGAAGUAAAGCACGAGGUCAAGAGUCUCGAGAAGUCGGAUCACGAUAAAGCCAUUCAAACAACUCUGGAGAAGAGGAAACGGGACCAGGCCUUGAAGGAUGCGGACCGGCUUAAUCAGCAAUUAACGGAGCUACGGAGUGAAAGUGAAGGGUUCGAGCGGGAGAGUGCUGAGGCUCUAUCCGUCGUGCCGCCGCCGCCGCCCGGCUCCGAUGCUCUACAUCAUCUAGAGAACGUCCUGCGGGAGCGGGAGGCGGAGCUCUGUGACUUGGAAAGGCGCGCGGCGACGUGGGAGAAGCGCGCGAGCGCGGCCCGCGCGUGUGCUGUGGAUAUCCGGAAUGGUAGUAGGAGAGCGGGGCCGCCACAAAACUACGACGACGCGGCUGCGUCGCUGGACGCGGGCGACGGCGCCCAUGCGACGCUCGACGCGCGCCUCUGGCGCGGGUGCCACGAGCGGUGGAGUAGUGCUGAUGCGGAUCUGACGGCCGCGCCCGAAACGCUCGACGUCGCAUCGGUGUCGACGCUGCCGACACUCUCCAAGUCCGUCGGCGAGCGCACGCGGAAGACGCAGCGGCGGCCGCGGCCGCGCGCGCCGCGCGUCCAGCCCGCGCAAAUUUCCAGGAGGGCGCCCGCCUCUCUGGGUUUCGCGCAGAUCAAGGCGUUCCGGAGCAUCGCGCGUUUUGAAAGGGUGCGCGCGGCGACGGACCUGGAACUCGGGUAACAAAAAGUGUGUGGCUU